AUGACAACAACGACAGAACUUUCGUUGACUACUUCAUCCAAGCGUCGACGAAUUAUGAUUAUCACCGGUGAUGAAGAUGUUCUUAAACAGAUUCGACUUGGUGGUAUGACACCGGAAGUCGAACCCAUCGUAGUCGAAUUUAAUGAUGCUACUCAAAACACUUCUCAUUUAACGGCUGAAAUGCAAGCAUCAGUAAACCAGAAAAAGUCGAAUCCAAGAACAUUGACAUGUGUCGUCUGUGGUGGAACAGCACAUGGUUAUAAUUUUGAUGCAAUUACUUGUGCAAGUUGUAAAGCAUUCUUUCGUCGUAAUGCGUAUAAAGAUCCGGAAGAGCUCAAAUGUGAAGGUAAUCAUGAUUGUCAAAUCAAUUUUGCAUUACCACGUCGUUGCUCAGCAUGUCGUCUAAUCAAAUGUCUCAAUAGUGGAAUGCGACGAGAUCGACUUUUGACUGAUCAACAACGAGCAGAUAGACGUCAAAAAAUUGAAGAAAAUCGACGAGUCACAUUAAAUUCGCCUAGAAAUCAAUCUGUACCAUCGUCGCCGAUGAUUACAAAUCAUUCUCCUAUUAAUUCGACUUCAUCUAUGCCAGUAACUCGAACUCUUCUCACUGUUGAAGAGCAACAACAUAUUGAAAAUAUUCAACGCUUCUAUCAAAAACGUAUCGAUAUAGCGGCUGACAAUGGUUUACCAUGGAACCCUUCGAUGGCUGGAACGUCUCUAUUACAAUGUAUUAAUUGUAGCUCAGUUACAGCCCUACGAUUAUUAUCGUUUUUCAAGCAAAUACCUGAUUUUGUUCAACUCAAUAUCGAUGAUAAAAUGACUUUGAUCAAAUAUAAUCUUAUACCGAUCUUUAUUUUAAAUGCUUCACUAUGCUAUAAAUUAGACGCAGAACAAUUUAUUGAAGCCGAUUCUGAUGCACCAUGUGAUGCAAAAGAUAUUCAAAAGUAUCAUGGCAUUGAUUUAUCCUUGAAACUUAAAAAGAUUGUUAGUGCAUUAUGUAAGAUAGGCCAGUUUGAUGAACGUAUUAUUCAACUUUCGUUAGUAAUUCUUCUAUACACGAAAGGUUUUUCGACUAUGAACAGUGAAAAUGAACCAAUAUUGAAUGAUGGAAUGACUGUUUUUCGGGUACAAAGUUACUAUGCAGAACUUUUAUGGAAAUAUUUAGAAAUGAAUCAUGGAUCGAAUAAAGCUCUUCGUAUAUUCAAUACGCUCGUCUCUCAUUUUGUUGCAAUACAAAAUCUCAAUCGAGCACUGUACAAUAAUUUACAAGAUACUUUGUCGCCUCUCGAUAUCGAACAUAUGUUACCAAUAAUGAAAACACUUCUAUUAUUUUCAUAA